AUCAGUAGUUGGGAACACUUGUCCGCGCGCGCUGCUGCACCUCCUCACAGUGCAUCCACGGACUCCUCAGGUGAUGACAGGGAGAGCGCUCCUCACUCAGAAUGAAAUUUUUCUAACACACCCCAACCCUGCAUCAGUUUAGAAUGGAGACGCGUCUUGGUAAGUGGGGGUUUACCCCUUUCCCUGGGUGGAUUUGGCUCUUGAUCAUAACUUCCCUCCUGGGUGGAACAAAAGCGGAGGUGAGGUGCAUUCCCUCCUGUCAGCUGCCGCUAAACUCGGCAUCGUACUGGGAGCCAAAUGAGUUGGAUUUGGCGGAUUUUGGCGCUGCUGCUGCUGAAGAUUUGGUUGGAAUUAGCGAGGGGUCACUCGACGCCAGCGGGGACGAAAGGCACAACGCGGUGGAAUUAAGUGCUGAAGAAGAAAGUUCAUUCAACGUGCAGCUGCAAAUUGAGGAAACAUUUACAAACAGUAUGCGGAGGGACAACUUAAAAGGUCAUCCAAAACUUUCCCAGCUUUCUGGAAGUGCUUUACGCGAGCCUGACCUCCCCUUUAAGAAUAAAAACGACAGCAGCAACAGUGAUGACACAUUCCAUGGCAUUUAUGCCCCAAACGGGGAUAUCCCGAUGAUGGAAAACAGAGAUGUGGCCACAUGGAGACGAUUGCGGCGCGCCAGGAGCGCGGAGACUUGGUCUGGAUUCAGAGCUGAGGGCGUGGACGACGCACCAAUUCUGGAUCAGGAGGAGUUUCAGCUCACAAGUUCAAUAUUUGCUCUUAGCGGAGACACAGCUCACAACCAGGCGAUGGUGCACUGGUCCGGGGAAAACAGCAGCGUGAUUCUCAUGUUGACAAAAUACUUUGACUUCAACUCUGGCAGAGUGACAGAGAGCUCUUUGUGGAGAUCAACGGAUUAUGGGACCACAUAUGAAAACCUUAAUGAGAAAGUUGGUAGCAAAACCAUACUGAGCUACUUGUAUGUGAGUCCAAACAACAAAAGGAAGAUAAUGUUACUGACUGACCCAGAGGUAGAGAGCAGCCUGCUCAUUAGCCUCGACGAGGGGGCGACCUAUCAGAAACACGGCUUAACCUUUGAUAUCCUCAGCCUGCUUUUUCAUCCCGAGCAGGAGGAUUGGAUCUUGGCUUACAGCCACGACCAAAAGCUCUAUGUGUCUGUUGAGUUUGGGAGGAGAUGGCAGUUUGUGCACGAUAACGUCGUCCCCAACAGAUUCUACUGGUCCAGGCUAGGUUUGGACAAAGAGCAAGGACUGAUUCACCUGGAGAUCCAAGUUUCUGAUGGACGGUCACAGUAUGUAACUUGCAAACUCCAGAACUGCUCUGACGGAAACAAGGGCAAGCCUUUCCCUGGAUUUAUCAUCCCGAACUCCCUCGUAGUUCAGGAUGAAUACGUUUUCAUCCAGGUAUCAGUAGGUGGUCAGUCUGUCCAUUAUGUGUCAUAUAAAAGAAAUGCUUUCUACCCAAUGAAGCUCCCUAAAUACGCUCUUCCCAAGGAUCUGCAGAUAAUCAGCACGGACGAUAACCAAGUGGUGGCGGCGAUUCAGGACUGGCAUCAGAACGAUUCCUAUAACCUGUACAUGUCUGAGUCCAGAGGGCUGUUCUUCAUGCUGAUGCUGGAGGACGUAGUGAGCAGUGGAGGACCCGAGGACAACGUCAUGAUAGACCUCUAUGAGGUUGCCGGGAUUAAAGGGGUGUUCCUGUCAAAUAAACUUGUUGAGAACCAAGUGAAAACUUAUAUCACAUACAACAAGGGAAGAGACUGGCGUCUUCUUCAGGCUCCAGCAACCGAUCUCCAAGGAAACAAGGUCUAUUGUGAACAACCCUACUGUUCGCUGCAUCUGCACCUUCAUGUUUCGGAAAACCCUUACGCCUCGGGAAAUAUUGUCAGUAAAGAUUCAGCUCCAGGAGUUAUAAUAGCGUCAGGUGUGGUUGGACCUGAGCUGAUCAAUACCAAUGUCAGCAUUUUCAUUACAUCUGAUGCUGGAAACACCUGGAAAGAGGUUUUUCAGGAAGAGUACAGUGUGUUUUUCCUGAAUCAAGGGGGGGCCCUGGUGGCCAUCAGACACACCCCUCUGCCAAUUAGACAUAUUUGGCUGAGUUUUGACGAGGGCGGAAACUGGGACAAGUAUAGCUUCACCUCCUCUCCCCUGUAUGUCGAUGGAGUGCUUGGAGAGCCUGGAGAAGACAUCCUCAUUAUGACAAUAUUUGGUCAUUUCAGUCACAGGGCUGAGUGGCAGCUUGUCAAAAUCGACUUUCGCUCCAUUUUCCAACGUCGGUGUGGAUCCGAAGACUAUGUCACAUGGCAGUUACACAACCAGGGGGAAGUGUGCAUCAUGGGAAUGAAGAGAUUCUUUCAAAAACUGAGAGCGAACGUUCAAUGUGUCAAGGCCGGAGAUCAAUUUAUUUCCCAGAUGUCCGACUCCUGCCUGUGCACAGAAGCGGACUUUGAGUGUGACUAUGGGUUUGAGAGGCAGGUCGAUGGAAGCUGUGCUCCGGCUUUCUGGUUUGUUCCUUCAGCAACAUCUCCUGACUGCACAACAGGGGACACCUUCCUCAAUACGACGGGAUACCGAAAAGCUCUUUCCAACAAGUGCACCGGAGCAAGUCUUUCAAAGUACAGCCCCAGGCAGGAGAAGUGUCCCAGUCAGGCCCCCAAAGGUCUGCAGCUCUUCACCAGCGAAGGAACACUUGUAGCAACUCUGGGGAGCAACGUGACCUUCUUAGUCUUUCUAGAAGAGGGUCUUGGCUCCAUGACAAGUGUAACAGUGGACUUUGGUGACGGAACGGCAAUAUCCUACGUUAAUAUAAGCUCCAUCGAUGAUGGAGUCAAGCAUAUCUACAGUAAAGUGGGGAUUUACCAAGUUUCAGCUACAGCGAGCAAUAACCUGGGUUCAGAUAGAGUCAUCCUCUACCUCCAUGUGUCCUGUCAGCUGGAGCAGGUGGAGCUCAUGGCUCCUUUGGUGGUGGUCAAGAACAGAGCAGUAAAUUUCACGACAGUGUUGCAUCCCGCUAACGUGGGAACGAUCACGUAUUUCUGGUGGUUUGACAACAAAACUGAGCCAAUUGUGACCCUCGAUGGAGCCGUUUCCUUUGCUUUCUCCAAAGAAGGCUAUCACAGUGUAACCGUUCAGGCUCUAGCUGGAAAUGCUGUCCAUCAGGACCAAAGGAUGGUAGCAGUUUAUGAUUAUUUCCAAUCACACGUUUUGGCCUUUUCUUCUAAUCUGGAUGAUCUGAACCCGGGGGUGUCCGAGUGGAGGGAGGAUGUCAGCAGGGUUGUGAAGAGCCGCAUGGUCCAGGUCACAGGAAUCAGUGAGAAACAACUCUUGGUCGCAGUCCUUCCAGGCGUACCAACCACAGCGGAGAUUUUCAUCGUGUCUGAGAGGGCGUCAGCCGAGAGGCAGCUGAAUGAAAAGUGGGUGCACCUGAGUCAGCUUUCUCAGGUUCUGCUGAGUGCUUUGAACCAAGACCUGAUCCAGUUCACGCUCAAACCGGGGGUGCAAGUUAAUGUCUAUGCCACCUGGCUGUCUCCAGCUCCUCUUGUGGACAGUGGUGACAGUCUGCACAGUGGUAUUGCAGUCAUCAUGCUAGUGUCGGUGGUUCUGGCAAUCCUGGCAGUCUUUUUGGUAUAUAAAUUUAAAAGGAAGUUUCCAGGCAUGAACACAUACGCCACAGAGCAGCCGGAUAAAGAGCAAGAGGUGAUCCCUGCAGUGACCUCUUUAGCAGUUCCAGACCCCGAGGAGGACAAAAUGACCUCCCUGGUUCAUGUGGAUGUACAGCUGGACUCUAAAAGCAGAGGCUACCUGCCAUCUCACACAGACAUCAAGCUCUCUGACGAGGCGCCCCAUGUGUUUUAAUGUUGGGAGUCUAUGACCGACUCGAAAGCAAUACAUCUUCUUUGGCAGUUACUUCCAGUAAGCUACGAGAGCGCGGUCACAAUGAAUGGUCUCAAGUGUUUUGCUACCCAUGCAUGGAUGGACCAGUUCACACUGUGCUGCCUAAAUCCCUCCAAGGAGACUGUACAGAUUUAUACUUGCCUCUUGAAAAGGAACACUUUUUGACUGAAAUACUUGUAUUUUUGCAAGGACAUUGAUCUUUUUAUGUAAAUAAUGUACAUCCAUAAUGGAAGAAGUAAAGUUAUUUGUCUCAGCUGGUUACAGCUACGUUUGCUCAAACAGGAACACAUCAUGCGCGAGGAGGCGAGGGACGUGUCAUAAUGUAUGGAAAAAACAAAUUCCCAUUUUUGACUUGUGUUUGUGAAGUUUACUUUCCACAACUGUGCAAAGCUAGCUUAUCGGCGUAAGACAGUGAGAGAAGCAAAUUCAUUAAGCUCUUUGCAAUCAGUACAUCUUAUCACCAAAUUCUCAUCAGAUGAAGGCUCGCAAUAUCCAGGAGAUGAUGGAGGACUCCCUGUCCCAGAUCUGUGUAUUCCAUCAAGCUUGUCUCUGCAGCUCGAAAUGUUAUGUGUCAACGCAAAAAAAAAAAAAUAACAGAAGAUUAUUACAGAUAGGUAUGCACAGAAGAUGAGAAUCUGAGCUGUCCCUCUUGUAUAGGAGACACAAAUAAGUCAGUUUAGGAAAAGUGAAGAAACAGAAAUCUGGCUCUGGCUGAUCUAAAUCAUUCAUAUAGUUUAUUAUUGCAACAAGACUCCUAUAUGUGAAUGUUAUUUGCUUUUUUUUUUGGUGGCAAACUAAUGCCUGUUGCCAAUUGUGUCCAUACUUUGAUUUCAGCAAAGACAAAAUUUUAAUUUACUGAAUAAUUUCAAGUAAAUCCUGCAGCACAGGAGAUGUUUAUCAUAAUGCAAAAACGGUGUGCAGUGCCAAAUGUGGAGUUUUAAUUAGUUGAGUCAAGGUUUGUUUAUACAAAAAGACUCCUUGACACAAUUUCAUAAACUAUUUCCCCCUGUCUUUGAUCUCUGAAAGUUUUGGAGCCUUUAAACUAAGUUUCUUUUUGUCUCGGUUUAUACCACAUUGUUUACCCACCAACACGACACCAACCUUAAAAAGCAGUUUCCCAAGCUUCCACAGAUGCAGAGGAGCACUCGGUCUGUUCGAGGUUUGCCCCUAAGGACUCAGCGGACAAAAGGCUGCAGAUUUGUUCAUCUCCUCCGCUGCGAGGGACACUGAGAUAGAGAAGACGUAUCUCCUGUCAGCACAGCUCAGCCUACGCACACAGCUUCGGUCAGCUGCUGUCUCUUCGGAAUAAGUACUGAGGUUCUUCUUCAUCAGACUUUUCUUUUUAAGUGUUGGCAGCAUCAUAUGUCAGUAAGACAAAUCGGCUACAGGCUUCUCCAUACUUCUUCCUCGCAAUCUUCUGAUUGAGCCAGAAGCAUAAAUAAACUAGGAUGAACUCUCAACAUAAGAAUUUUUUCUUUUCUUUCACUUAUGUUAUUUUGUGCUGGUUCCAUAUCUUUAGGUUCCAUUAAUUUUCCUGUUAAUACAGUUAUAUUCAAAGUUGCAUGGGGUUUCAUUUUCUCUUUCGAGCUCCUUGAAACUUGUUUCCGAAGGGGAAAAAAAAAGUGUUAAAAAAUGUGGAGUAAUUUUUUUUGUUUCUUGAGAAGCUGACCAACUUUUUCAUAUCAAGUGACGUGAUUAUCCGGUGAAUUGUUUCUGUGUUUUUCAUUCGAUCUUGCUGAAGUUACCAUGGUUGCAGAAUAAAGAAAAAAAAAACA